UAUAAAACUCUUCUAUUUAAGGCCCUCACGGUUUUCCUACUCUUUCAUCUCAAACAAUCUUUCCUUAACAUACAAACACACACGUACUUACGUAGUCUAAAUUUCUCCUAGAUAUGGAGGCAUACCAGAAAAAACGCACCUUGGAGAUCACCGUCGUGUCCGGAGAAAACAUAAGACUGGAUCGAAAUUCAGUUUCCGAGGUCUGUGUUGUUGUUCGUGCUGAGUCUUUGAACUGUUGCACGACCAAAAUGGUAAAUGGAAAUGAUGGAGUGCAUGCAUGGAAUGAGAAAUUGCUGUUGGAGGUUCCUUCAUAUGCAAGGUGUGUUACGUUUGAAGUGCAAUGCAAGAAAUACAAAGAAGUUCGUCCUGUCGGAGUAGCAAGGAUUGCUCUUUCGGAUUUAGUUACUGUAAAAAAUCAUAGUGUUUUGUCUGAAAAUGUUCCUCAAAGUUUUUGCUAUGGUUUGAGGGGCUGGGAUGGUCAACGAAACGGAGUUAUUCAUUUCUCUGUGAAGAUGGUGGAUAAUUUGUGUUUGGAAACGGAGCAAGAGAAAGACGUAAAGAUGGUGAAUUNGACUGUACCUUAG